ACGCUCUUCCNGUAGGUAACGCCAUCGUCAUUUCUAGAUGCCAGAUAGGUUGUCGUAUCAUAUUUUCCAUGUCCAAGAAGUCUACGCCCGUUAGCGACGCUCUUCCAGCCGUCCUCCGACACACUUUCUCGCGCUAACACCGAGUUUUCUCUUUUGUAGGUGACACCAUCGUCAUUUCUAGAUGCCAGAUAGGUUGUUGUAUUAUAUGUUCCUGCCAUGGAUUCUUUAACCGAAAGAUGUACUCAGAGUACGCACAAGAUUAACCCCGUGAGAUGGUUUCCAGACCUUUCUCAAUGUAACAAGAGUGUUGGUGCCAAGAGUGUCAAGACGAAGAAUAGCAGGUGGUUUCCGGACCUGCCUCAAUGUUGUACACGCGGAGGCGAGAAGCAGAACCCUCUACCGAAGCUCAGUGCAUCUGGUGAGAGGACCACCAAUGUUUGUUUGUUUCCGAAGCGUCUGCGAUCGAACACGACAACAAGAAAGGUUAUUGCGCCAUGCCGAGCAGCAAACACAGUGAUGGGUCUCUGCGCAACUGGCAAAACGGGGAGUACAAUCCAGAUAGAGCGCUCUGGGAAGUGGCAGUGCCCGAACAUUGAAGGCGAACAAUCCAGAGAGAGAGACGAUGUACAGGACAUGAGCGAGAACUUUGUUGUGAAAGAAAUGCUCUACGACAGCGUGGCGCAAGAAUUGCGUGACAACGACACUGAGGAAGAGGAACCCAGUGACGAUGAUGAGGAGGAGGGCGAAUCAAGCGACGACGAUGAGGAGGAGGAGGAAACGAGCGAGGAUGCCGAUUCAGAAGACACAGACUCUGAGGAUGAUGAAGGGAACAACGAGUGGGGAAUUGAUGUCGACAUGUUCAAGAAGAAUCUAUCUGGAGAACUUUUAGGAGAAGAGAAGCAGAUAAUAGCACAGGAGGUGAGAAGAGGACUGUACAACAAAUCAAGCAAGAGUGAGAAACCUCCUUACAACUUGGGAAAGCGCGGCAGGAACGCACGUGUGUACAACAAAAAAGCUAACUACCACGUGAACAUAAAGAAUGUCGAACUAGUUCUGAAGGAAGAUUGCUGCAAGGCUAACUGUUACAAGAAGUUCACGACGGUAGAUGUUUUCUACAAGCGCGAAAAAUUUUGGGCGAUGAAACAACCUGAGCAACUGAACUUCUUUCUCGCAGAGAUGAGGGCUGCAUCGUACUUUUCGGAUGAGGGAGAUUUAGAGGUGUUAAGGGUGACGUUCAAUGGCGUAAAGGUUUGCACAAAAGCGUGGGGAAAGCUGUACGGAUGCUCGACUACACAUGUUGCAAAGAUACGCAAAGAAUUCAGAGAAGGAAUGGUGUUGUAUGGGCAUACAAACAAAGGAUCAGUCAGAUUAUCUGCUUCAUCACAACAAAUUCUCGCCUGGUUGCAUGAAUAUUUCCGAUGCAAUACAGAGAGUAUGCCAAAUAGCGACCGGUUUCAUCUUUCAGAUACUCUCCGGCGCAGAGACGUGUACGACUUCUUCAAGCGAGACUGCAAAGAGUUGUACACGAAUAAGACUCUUCCUUCCCGUUCCAGAUUUAUAACCAUUUGAAGGGUUCACUGCCCGAAAGUCCUUAUUCAUGGAAUGAAGAGGUUCUUGGUCU